AUGUCUGCACCUGUUGGAAACAACGGUGCUGUUGGCAAUGGCGCCACCUUGCGCCGGCGCUUGAGGGAGACCCGGUCUCGGCCGUGGUUGACCAACAGUGUCCUGCGCAAGGCCAAGCGCACGGAGUCAACGUCGGCCUUGGAUGCCCCCAAGGUCGAAGUUGCCUCCAAGGUGGCUGCUGCUCCGGAGUCCGGAGCAUGCGAACCUGUCUCGGCGGCCUCUGAGAAGAAGGCCGGGCACACAAAGGGCAAACUGCCCAAAGCUGUGGCAAGAGUGGCGACUUCGGUCAAAGCUCUUGCUCGCUCAGCGGGAUCAAAGAUCCCAGUCUGGGUUGGUAGCUCGCGUGUGUUUUCCCGGGCUUCUUCUCAAGCCCCAGAUGGCGCAGCCGGGGCCACGAUGGAGAAGGCAGCCACCAACAAGGCUGCGAGAACUGCCGCUGGGAAGUUCUCUUGCCUUGUUUCUCGUUUCCGUCCUGCUGACACUUCAGUAGGAUGUUUCAAGGAGGGCCCAAUCAGGACCCAUCGCGACUGCAAGCAGCCGCGAUCGAUCCUGAAAGGGUCCUCCUUGCAGCAACUUGGUGACACCAAGCUGCUGCCACAGACGUCUGCCGGGUAUGGCGUUAUGUCCAGACCCCGGAAGACUGUCAAGUGGCGCAGUGUCAUCAAGGUGCGCACCCCGCCGCGGCCUUGGGAGCAUACUAGCAAUAUGCUCCACGAGUGCUGCGGCGAGGAGCAGUGCUUGGAGUGUGACGAUGACCGGCCGGAGGUCAUCGCCGGGGAGGACUGGCUCAAAGAGCAACGCUCGAUGGGCCAUGACUACCUGAAAGGGUCUCGGGGCUUGUUUGGAGGGGUGGAGUACAGCGAUGCUGAUCUCACAUUCUGA